GACGCGCUGCUGCAGGGCGCGCUGCUCGAGGCCCUCUGGGACUUCGGCGGCGGGGCAGCCGCGCUGCCAAGGCGAGUUCUGCGCGCCUCGGAGGACCCGCGGCUGUUCUACGCGUACGCGCGGGGUCUGUGGGCGCGCGGGGACGUGGCGGCCGCCAGGGCCCUGCUCCUGAAGCUGUGCGCGGCGGGCGCCCCAGGCGCCGCCGCUCCCGGGGCCGACGUGCGGGUGGCGCUCGGCUGGUGGCACCUCGAGCUCCAGUCCGACCCCGAAGGCCCUAUGCCGCCCCGCGCCUUCCGGGUCCUCCACGCGCUCGCCAUGGGCUCCUUCGGCGCCGCGGUCCUCGACGACGCCCCCCUCGGCGGCGACGUGGGCAUGAAGGGCCUGCAGGCGGCCAGGCGGCUGCCCGAGCUCCUCCCGCGGUGCAGCAAGACGGACGCCAGCGGCUGCCACCUGCUGCUGUCGUCCCACCACGCGGUGCUCGUGGCGACCUGCGCCCUCAGCGCGCGCUCCUCGCCCAGGCGCGCCCUGGAGCUCCUGCUGGCGGAGGCGCCCGCUGUCGCUGCCGGUGGGGCAGGCGUGCCGCCGGGGCAGCCCGCGCGGGGCGAGGAGGAGCGCUGCUGGUCGGCGGCGGCCGGAAUGGUGAUCGAGCUGCUCGGCAGGAGCCCCACCGCCUCCCCGGGCCUCGUCCGCGAGGCGGUCUGGGCGGCGCUCGCGCGAAGGCCCCGGAGCCCGUGGCUGCUGCGGGCGCUGGCCGCGAGCCACCUGCGGCACGGCUCCGUCGCCGGGCUGCGGCGGGCCAUGGACCGCGCGCUCGGGAUCCACAGGCCCCCCGCGCUCCUCCCGCCCGAGGGCAGCGCCGCGGAGGCCCUCCAGGUCGCGCUGCUGGCGGAGAUGGCCUGCGGGCCAGGGCACCGCUCGGCGGAGCGGCUGACGCGGCGCGCACGCCGGGGCGCACGCCAGCAGCGGGCAGGUGGCGGUGCACGGAGGGCAGCCCGCGCGGUGGUCGGCGCCUCACUCGGCGCGCUCAUCCGCAACUGGGGCCCUGUCGGCCCGCUCGUCCGGCACGGCGACGGCGCGCUCCGCGCUCAAGGAGGCGCUCAAGGAUCUCCUUCGCUUCUCCUCCGCCAGGUCAUCGCCCUGCCUCCCGCCGCCCGGGAGGAGCCCCUCGGCGGGCCUCCCGCGCCGGGCCCGGCCCCGAAGGUCGAGGCGCCGGGGGGGCGCCCGGCCAGCGAAGGCGGGCGAGCGCCCUCGUCGUCUCGGCGCUCCCGCUCGGUGGACGAGCUCGGCCUCGGCGCGGGCAGCGUGGGGGCGAGAGGUAGCCUCUGGGACGGAGCCGCUGGCCACCAGACUUGGCACCAGAGGCCGAGCAGCAAGGCGAUGGUGCAGGAGCCGGAGGGGAGGCCGAGGGAAAGGGCUCGCAACGUGAUGCUAGGAUGCCGGUUCGACGACGAUGCGGCGGGGCAUUCGAGCUUCGCGAGGCAGGGUCGCGCGGACUCUGCCAGGCUUGCCACCGCGCGGAAGCGCAUCGACAUCAUCCGCGAGCCAGAUCCCGCUGGCGCGCCUCUCAGUAUCGCAGGCCCCGGUCGCGAGGCCAACUUCCUGAUCGAGGCGGACACGGGCAAGAAAUACGGCAGGGCGAAGUUCUUCGACUCCGCGCACACGAAGCGGUGCACCACAGAAAUUGAGUACCGCGGCAAGAUGAAGAUGGCACCGCUCGAGAGGUCGAAGAUCUGGGAUGUAGUCUUCCGUCGCGAGGGCAGGGACGACGGCGUCGGCUACCGGAAGGCGCAGGUCGACGGCGCUGCCGGCCUGCAGGGAGGGGACCGGAUCAACUUCAAGGAGAUCCAGAUGGGCCGCAAGGCCAAGCCCGACCACCUCCUCUCGAACCAGCCCGUGGCCAACCUGCUCCACCACCACGCCGGCCCCGAGGACGGCCGGCAGAGCUUGCAGCGGUCCGCGUCUGCCCCGCCAGAGCCGGGCGAGCGGACCCCGGUAUUCGUCCCCUACACCAGGCUCGUCGGUAGCAAAUCAUGGUGGCCUUGUAUAUGUGUCCUCGGAAUCCCGUCUUCACACGAUGAUGGACUGUUUGUCCGGCCCCUUCAGAUAUGGGAGCGCUUCCUGAUUACACUGCCCUUCCUCCCGUCACCUGUUCGCGAGGCGGAAUUCGCCUCCUGCGAGUGCUCGUGUCUUUCUCGCCCUCAUUUUCCCUGCGAGCUUCUAGGAGCUGGCGUUGCCUUUGUAAGCGGACUGCUGCUGUGCUGGUCAUGGCACGGCUCCUCCACGAUUCCCGCGGAGGCCCCUCGCGGCAGUGACCGAGGCCCCGCUGCCUGCAUCCGCUGCGCCAGCUGCGGGCGUGCUUCUGCUGGGACCGGCCGCGGGGGUUCCCUCCACAAGGAGGGGGUCCCCCGAGGCUCCCGCGGCGCAGCGUGCCUGCGGCUCUCGCGAGCGUGCGGCAGGCUCCGCCGCGGCGCUCCCUGCGCCCCCCUCUGA